CUCCGGGCCACAGGCGGCAGCAGCGGCCCGGGGCCGGAUACAGUGUAGCCAGGGCGCCGGGCAGGUUGCGAUGUAGCGAGGGCUGCAGCAGUCAGGUGUGCUGCCAUGGAGGAUGGUGAGAAGCUGGCCCGGUUCCGGCAGGCGCACCUCAACCCCUUCAACAAGCAGCUUGGCCUGAGGCAGCAUGAGCAGGGGCCCGGUGACGAGGCCCCAGACGUCGCUUCUGAAGAGGCCCAGUUUGAGAUGCUGUCCGGGGAGCCAGAGUUCCACUGCUCUGAACGUGUGAUGGAUCUUGGCCUGUCUGAGGACCACUUCUCCCGCCCCGUGGGUCUGUUCCUGGCCUCGGACAUCCAGCAGCUGCGGCAGGCGAUUGAGGAGUGCCGGCAGGUGAUCCUGGAGCUGCCCGAGCACUCAGAGACGCAGAGGGACGCUGUGGCCAGGCUCAUCCACCUCCGGCUGAAGCUCCAGGAGCUGAAGGACCCCAGUGAGGAUGAGCCCAACCUCCGCGUCCUCCUGGAGCACCGCUUCUACAAGGAAAAGAGCAAGAGUGUGAAGCAAACCUGUGACAGGUGUAACACCAUCAUCUGGGGGCUCAUUCAGACCUGGUAUACCUGCACAGGGUGCUAUUACCGCUGUCACAGCAAGUGCUUGAACCUCAUCUCCAAGCCCUGUGUGCGUUCCAAAGUCAGCCACCAAGCCGAGUACGAGCUGAACAUCUGCCCUGAGACAGGACUGGACAGCCAGGACUACCGCUGCGCAGAGUGCCGGGUGCCCAUCUCCCUGCGGGGUGUGCCCAGCGAGGCCCGGCAGUGCGACUACACUGGCCAGUAUUACUGCAGCCUCUGCCACUGGAACGACCUGGCAGUCAUCCCUGCCCGUGUGGUGCACAACUGGGACUUUGAGCCUCGCAAGGUGUCCCGCUGCAGCAUGCGCUACCUGGCGCUGAUGGUGUCCCGGCCGGUGCUCAGGCUCCGGGAGAUCAAUCCCCUGCUGUUUAACUACGUGGAGGAGCUGGUGGAGAUCCGGAAGCUGCGCCAGGACAUCCUGCUCAUGAAGCCAUACUUCAUCACUUGCAAGGAGGCCAUGGAAGCCCGUCUGCUCCUGCAGCUCCAGGACCGGCAGCACUUUGUGGAGAACGAUGAGAUGUACUCCAUCCAGGACCUGUUGGAUGCGCACACGGGCCGGCUUGGCUGCUCCCUAGCAGACACGCACACGCUCUUCGCCAAGCACAUCAAGCUGGACUGUGAGCGGUGCCAGGCUAAGGGUUUCGUGUGUGAGCUCUGCAGAGAGGGCGACGUGCUGUUCCCUUUUGACAGCCACACUUCCGUGUGCUCCGACUGCUCUGCCGUUUUCCACAGGGACUGCUAUUAUGACAACUCCACCACGUGCCCCAGGUGUGCCCGGCUCACCUUACGGAAGCAGUCACUCUUCCAGGAGCCCAGUCCAGACAUGGAUGCCUAGAGCAACAGAUGCCUUCCUGGGCCUGUCUGGUGCCCACUCUGCUGGUCAUCACCAAAGCCAAGGUGUCUGGUGUUCCGGAGACCCCUAGGCCGCAGUCCCUAGAUCUCUCCCACUGCUGGGCCUCAGCGGCAGAAGCACCACGCGGACCCUCAUCCCCCGGGCAUUUGCUGGGAUUUGGGGCAGCCUGGGCUGGCUGUUCCCUGGGUGUGCUGCAGUGAAGUCUGGGAUGUGCCCCUCACCACACACUGCAGGGCUUCAGGCAGGGGAGUGGGGAAGGGCUUUUUGCGCCCCUUGUGGGAGAGCCCCCAUGUCCUUGGGGCCAAGGCUGCUAGACCUUGGCCGCCCCUGAAACCCUGGAUGGCUCUGGGGGAAUGGCAACAAGCCAGCUGCACGCACCCAGUCUCAGCCUGAGUUUUAUCUGCAGCGGAUGGUUUGGGUUCUUUCUGGAGGCUCCCAUCCCCUCAGCCCCUUGUCUCACUGGGGACCCCUGAUUGUCCCUGGCUGGGGUUAUUCAGGAUUGUUUCCUGAGAGCCCUGCCCCUGCCCCCUGAGGUUCCUUCUCUCAGGGUCCUCCUCCAGCAGGGCCAGUCCAGGGGUUAUUUGAUCUUUCUAUACAACGUGGAAGGAAGGGGGCCGUGGAGCUUUCUCCAGGUUGGAACUGCCACUGCCUCUGCCUUGGCCCAGCCCAACUUACCCUGGUGCUCUGGUGUUUUUAGCCUGCCAUCAAGGGCAGACUGUGGGAAGAGGACAUUUCAGGGCCUGCCCUGGGCAGUGCGUGACUGUCGCUGUCGACGCAGUGUGGUUGACACACACAGGUGGUGGGCGAGGUGCAGGGAAUCGCCGCAUGGAUGCUUGUCACCUCAGACUAGGAGGCCCAAGGAGACGUGUCAGGAGGAGAAAGGUCAGCUUAGCUUGCAGGCUGAUGUGAGGGGUGGCCUCACACAGCAUCACUUCCCCCUUGUCUCUCUGCCUCUUUAGGAAAGCCCCACACAUCACGUUAGGAACUCCUCUUGCUGUUCUGACCUGCCUUGGGGCGUGAUGUGGGAGAAGUGAGCACUGGUGAGGUCGGCUCAGCAACAGUCCCCACCCUGCUUCCCCUUCUCUAGGGUUGGAGUUGGGGUUAAAGGCUAAAUGCCCUUCUCCUACACCCCCACAUUUCUCACUACUUCAUCACAAUUCUAUAUAAGGAUAUUGGCCUUUCCUGAAUUUACCACGUAAUCGACAUCAGUGUCCAGCUGCAAUCACUGUGUCCAUAGAUGAUGUCAGUAUGCUGGCAUUUGUUGGACAAAGAGUUGGCUUUCUUUUAAAAAAGUUCUCCCCAUUACCUCCUUUCCCAACACCUCCCACCACUAACCACUUCUGAAUGACAAAAUCUUUCAGCAGAAGCAUGUGUGGGUCUUUCUGAGUCUACAACAUGGUAUUAAUAACCAAAUAACCAGUUUGCAAGACUAACACCUCACAGAAGAGCAGGGAAGGACACCCAGCUGUACUGAUGCUGCAGCCACUGUCCCAUUGUGUUCCUGACUCUGGUGUGUGUGUGAACUGGGGACAGGGCAGGUUUGCUGACACGCAAGCCACCUGCAGACCAAGGGAAAGCUCACACCCUUCCCUAUUCUAUGGGGUCAAAUGUAGCUUGGUUUGCAGAGAAGAGUUCUUGAUGGGUGAGAAGCACUUAAGUGGGUGUCAGACCUAGGCCUGAGUGGGCUGAUCCUCCUGGCCACCAUUUCUAUAAGGCGGCUGAGGGCAGUCUGUGGGCCCAGUGCUAGGCAUGUUUGAACACAGGCUCCAUUGCAAAUAAAUGAAGCUACUCUGGAUAUUAGGUGGAAGAUACAGUCCAUUUUCCCCCCUUUCCUGUUAUAAAAUAGUGGUUUAAUGUUUUUAUUUUGAUAAAUUUAGAUUUACAGAAAUGUUGCAAACAUUCUCAUUCACUCAUCUGGAGUCCAUAAAUGUUAAUAUCUUGCCCCAUUUGCUGUAUUCUUUCACCAUACACAUUUUAUUUUCCUGGAUCAUUUGACAGUAAGUUGCAGAGAUAAUGUCCCUUUGGUCCUACGCAUGUUGAUUUCUUCCAGAGAAGGACAAUACCGUAUAUGGCCACAGUACAGUUAUCAACAUCAGGAAAUCAUUGACAUGAUACCAUAAAACCUGCAACAAACCUUAAUCUGAUUUUGCCAUCGAGUUGCCACAUCUUUUUUUUAUAUAUACGUUCUUAAAAUUAAUGUAUAAUUGAAUAUACACUCUUAUGAAGGUUUUACAAGGAAAACAAGUGUUUACUACAUUUACCCAUAUUAUCAAGUCCCCCCCACGCCCCAUUGCAGUCACUGUCCAUCAGUGUAGUAAGAUGCCACAGAGUCAUUACUUGUCUUCUCUGUGCUACACUGUCUUGUUACCAUGUCUUUUUAGCCUUUUUUAUUUUUGAAGGGUGCAUGACAUCUAUAUUUUUGAAAAACACAGGCUAUUUAUUUUUAAGGAUGUCCUUCGACGUGGGUUGUUCUGAUUGAAUUCAGGCUUUGUACUUCUGGUGGGAAUUCCACAGAAGUGAUGCUGUGUCCUGUGCAUCACAUGUCCUGUUUCUGGAGAUGUUGCUAUGACCCAUCUGUCCCAUGUUCUUUCGUCACUUGUUUACUUUCCAGCAUAGCAAUGUGUUCCAGGUUUGUCUUGCACCUUCCAUGUCCCAGCCCUGAAACCUGCCAUUUCUCCAAGGAGCCCUAGUACCUUCCAGUGGGGAAUGGUAUUUAGUAAAAAAAGAUAUGGUUGUUGGACGCACUCAUUGCUACUGGGCUGUCACUACUUUUUGGUCCUUUAAACAGAGUUGGAAAUAGCACCACCUACAUCUUCUGUAUUUCACUAUCAUAAACAUUAAAAACUGAGUUCACAGUCAUACUUCCAAUUUCAAAACACUAAAUGAUUUCUUUCUUUCCCCUUUUUAUAUUUGUAAUUCCCUUCCUUGACAGGGAGAAACCUGACUCCACUAUCCGUAAUAUAUUUGCUCAAUCCUAGAAUACACAGAAAGUACUUUUGGCAUAGCUAACCUACACUUCUGUAAAAAAGAAGCCUACUAACUAGAGUUUAAUUUUUGCUUAAGAGUCCUUUUUUGUUGAGGGCAUAUAGUCAAAAUGUGGUAUUCAAAAUUUACUUUGGGUGUUUCUCCUGUUCAUUGUAUGUAAAUCUUGUGAAAUAUGGUUCCAGGCAUAUAUUCCAUUUUGUUUUAAUUCUUAGUCCUUGUUUAUUUUAAAAUAAUAUAUUAACAUGGUUCUCAAAGUCAGAACUUUACAAAACGUAUAUUUAGUUGAGUGUCCUACUCCUCCUCCACUCCCGCCCCUCAUGGUAACUAGUCUCUUUAGGCUCUGGUUUCUCCUUCUUGUGUCUCUUUUUGCACAAAUGGGUAAGAUAUGUGUAUAUUUUAUCUCUCCUUUCUUUUACAAAAUGUAGCACACUAUAGUUUUGCAUAGUUUUUUUCCAAUUGACAGCAUACCUGGAAACCACUCCACAUCAGUUCUUCCUCACUCUUUUAUCAUUAUCAUUUAUAUCUGUAUUAUAUUUCACUGUGCGAAAUUGCCAUUUCAUGUUUGAUCACUCUUCUACAUGUAAAUAUUUAGGCUGUCUCUUAGCUUUUGCAGUUACAAACAAGGAGGCAAUGAAUAAUCUGUGCACACAUAUCUUCUUUAGUCAGAGGUAUAUCUUCAGGGUACAACCCUAAAAGUGGGAUCACGAAAUCAAUUAGCAGUUAGUGUAAUGCUCCUCCAUAACUGCUGUACCAAUUUGCUUUCCCACUAGCAGUGUAUGAGGUGCCUGUUACCCAUAGCCUCACCAACAGAAUGUGUGGUCAUACUUACUUUUGCCAAUCUGAUUAGUGAGAAAUGGUAUUUGCAAUGAUGUGCUUAACUCCUUUUCAGUUCCUAGACCUGAUUCCAAUGUGUGUGUGUGUGGUGGGUGUGGGGGCCUUCCCCCCCACACCCACCAUACACAACACUAAGCAAUUCUUGAACACCAGCAGGGUGUCCGAGAAUGCAACUCAAUUCUGAUGCUAUCUGCCUGGAGACAGUACCAGAUUCCCCAGGUUAAGAGUUCCAUUCUACAAGAUUGCCCUUCACCCUCACCGCCAGACACUGGUUGCAAGCAUCGGGCAGUUACCUGUGUUUCUGACCUACUGGCUACAGAUUGGGGGCUCCAAUGACCUCCCUCUUAGUUUCGAUUAAUUUUCUAGAGUGACUCACAGAACUCAGAACACUUACGUUUACCAGUUUAAUAAAGGAUACUGAAAAGGAUACAACUUAACAGUCAGAUGAAGAGAUGCAAAGGCAAGGUCCCAAAUAAAGGAGCUUCUAUCCUCGUGGGACUUGGAUCCUGGCUCUGUGGCAUGUGGAGGCGUUCUGGUUCCCAAGCAUGGAAGCUCUUUCC